GAGAAAGAAGAGAAGGAGAGCUAGCAAGAGGAGGAGGAGGAGAAACAGAAAAGAAGAGACAGAAGAAAGAGGAGGGAAAAAGAGAGAUAGAAGGAGAAAGAGGAGAAGGAGAAGAGAGAAAGCCUCCUCGUUUCCCUGCCCGGCCCUCGCCCUCGCCCUCGCCCCCCGGGCGCCCUGGGUCUGUGGGGCGGGAGCCCUCGGGGGCCAUGAUGCAGGCCGAGUCGGGGAUCGUGCCGGACUUGGAGGUGGGCGAGGAGGAGUUCCAGGAGGAGCCCAAGAGCUACUACGAGCUCAAGAGCCAGCCCUUGAAGGCCAGCAGCAGUUCUGAGCACCCUGGAGCUUCCAAGCCUCCACUAAGCUGCUCCUCCAGUAUGACAUCACGGAUUUUGCUACGACAGCAGCUCAUGCGUGAGCAGAUGCAAGAGCAAGAGCGCCGGGAGCAGCAACAGAAACAGCAAGCCACCCAGUUCAUGCAACAGAGAGUAGCAGUGAGUCAGACACCAGCCAUCAACGUCAGCCUCCCAGCAAGCCUUCCUCCUGCUACUCAGGUCCCAAUGGAAGUCCUUAAGGUGCAAACUCACCUGGAAAACCCUACCAAGUAUCACAUCCAACAAGCUCAACGGCAGCAAGUCAAACAAUAUCUCUCUACAACAUUAGGAAACAAGCACACCAGCCAGGCACUAAGCUUACCAUGCCCAAACCAGCCAGGUGAACAUGUUAUGCCCCCAGGGACAGGGAGCAGCGCCCCGAACAGCCCCAUGGCUAUGCUUACGCUCAACUCUAACUGUGAAAAAGAGGGCUUUUAUAAAUUUGAAGAUCAAAACAACCGGGCAGAGAGUGAAUGUCAGACUCUGAACACACAUUCUCGAGCAUCAUGCAUGCAGGUACAGAUGGACGAUGUAAUUGAUGACAUAAUAAGUUUGGAAUCCAGUUACAAUGAAGAAAUUUUUGGUUUAAUGGAUCCUGCACUACAAAUGGCAAACACGUUACCUGUAUCUGGCAAUCUGGUGGAUUUGUACAGCAACCAAGGCAUGCCUCCCUCAGGCCUCAACAUCAGCAACUCAUGCCCUGCUAAUCUUCCUAAUAUAAAAAGGGAACUUACAGCAUGUGUAUUUCCCACAGAGUCAGAGGCAAGAGCAUUGGCCAAAGAGAGGCAAAAGAAAGACAAUCACAAUUUAAUUGAACGAAGAAGACGAUUCAAUAUUAAUGAUCGCAUAAAAGAACUUGGCACUUUGAUACCCAAGUCAAAUGAUCCGGAUAUGCGUUGGAAUAAGGGAACUAUUUUAAAGGCCUCUGUAGACUAUAUCCGCAAGUUGCAAAGAGAACAACAGCGGACAAAAGAAUUAGAGAACAGACAAAAGAAACUGGAACAUGCCAACAGACAUCUCUUGCUCAGAAUACAGGAACUUGAGAUGCAGGCUCGAGCACAUGGACUUUCCAUUGUCCCAUCUACAGGCCUUUGCUCACCAGAAAUGGUCAACCGGCUUAUCAAACAGGAACCCGUCCUUGACAACUGCAGUCAAGAGAUCUUGCAGCAUCAUUCUGACUUAUCUUGCACAACCACUCUCGACCUUACUGAUGGCACUAUCACUUUCAACGACAGCCUGGCAAAUGUGACUGAGUCAACAGCUGGCACUUACCCUGUUCCUACAAAAAUGGGAUCCAAACUGGAAGACAUCUUGAUGGACGAUACCCUAUCUCCUGUUGGAGUUACCGACCCACUCCUUUCAUCAGUCUCUCCUGGAGCUUCAAAAACAAGUAGCCGAAGGAGCAGCGUGAGCAUGGAGGAGACUGACCAUGCUUGUUAGUGGAUAUAAUUAGAAAGUCCUUUUGUGAACUUCUUCCUUUCUUGAUCAGUAGAUUAAGUAUUUUGCUUUGUUUUUUUCUUAAUAACUGUCUUUUAAUAUAACUCUUCAGAUAGCCCAGUGUAUGUGACUUUUUAAAAAGUGUUUGAAGAGACUUGUAUAUUCUGUUUGAAAACUACCAAUGCUUCCAAAGUAUUGUAUUGCAUCUGUGAACCAGAUUCAACAAGAAUUCCAAAUGAGUUCAUGUCUACUUGAAAGCAAUAGAGAACUACCGAUUCACAAGUCCAUGAUCCACUAAAGGUGACACUUCAUUAUAACUGCAGUGAAAACCCAUUGACUUGGAAAUGAAACUUAGAAGAAUGUAAAGAAACCAAAAACAAAUUAGCUUUGUAAACUAUAUUUGUGUUGAUUUAAUAGUGCCUCUUUCAAACUUAUAGUACCUGUUAAUCCAUGUUAAUCUUCCUCACAGCAUUAGAUAUAAUAUAUAUGUAAACAGGCCGCCUCUACAGAAACUGAUUCAUGGAGAUCUUGAUUAAAGUGCAAACUAGAAAUAAGGAAGGAGAGACACACACAGAGAAAUCCCAUGGUAUUGAAAUUUGUAUUGGUUUUUUUCCUUUUGCUCUCUAUAAAGUGAGCAUCCUUCUAAAUCACGGUGAUUUUUAAAGAAAUCCCUUCUAGUCAUGGUGUGGAAUCUAUAUUGGUAUUUUAACCAUAUAAGAUUUAUGACUAUUUCAAGCUCUUAACAAAUAUUAUUUUCUGCCAAUUGGACAUAAUCAAUUGGUUUCUUCUUUUUUAAAAACAAAAAUGCAUUGUACAGUUACCUGAUUUGCAUGGAUUUUUUCCAGUUAUUUUAUUUUUCAUUCAGAAUUUGUGUUUUAUUUGUAAGAAAAUGCCUCUAGUUAUUGUGACAGUUUUUUCUGACAUUUCCAACCCUGAUGAAGGAGUUGGUUUGCAUUCUUUGUACACACCUCAAAACAAGAAUUAUUAAUUUUUUGGGUGCAGAUUCCUGUCUUUUCAAGAGUGGCUUUGUAACUAUUUUGUAUAUUACUGUCUCAUGUAGUAGAAAUGUUUUGACACAGACAGAUCUUUAAAUCAUCGUAUAGAUUUAGUCUAGUUAACAUAAAACUAGUUGCAUAAAGUUGCAUAAAACAAAAAUGGGAGCGAAACCUUCUACCCCACCCCAGUUUAACAUAUUUAUUUUUUAAUGAUGCAAGACAAAUAGUAAUGUGUUUGAAAACAUGAUUGCUAUAUUCUUUAGUGUGCUGUUACAUUUCUAAGCAACAUGUUUGAAACAAAACUGAUUAUAUUUGCAGGUGACUGUUACUGAUGCCAUCAAAUUUAACCAUGCAGCAGUAUUGUCGCAUAAGAGCAUGUUCUCUGUGCAUUAUCUACUCCAGCAUAGUCCUAUGCAAUAACAGUAGUGACAAGUGUAUUAUUAUCAUGCCUGAAUAUAUUACACAGUGGUUGUGUGGGUCUUACCAUUUGAGCAAGUGAUUGGCUUCCACCAUAAGCAACCUGCCCAGUUGACUUGCAGAUGGCAGGGAAGCAUAUAUCUCAUUCGGAAUGAAGUGCCUUAAAUUUAUUGAAAUUUCUGUGAACUAGCACUGACUGAUGUGUGACCUAAGAGAAGAUUCAAGAAUGGAGAGAGGAGAGGAGAGUUGUUUAGGAGGUAGAAAAUUGUUCUCAUGUCAUGAAGCAGAAGCUUCCUGUUCUACACCUAAGUUCUCUGUGUUAACUUCUUGGGGGGGGGGGGGGGGGGGAUCUUGAAAUACUUGAUUCCAUAGCCAGAAUCCAAUGGUGAAGUUUCCUGGAUCUCACUCUUUCCACCAAAAUCAGCAACCCUACUUUCCUCUUGCAGCACUUGGCCUGAAAACUUGUUCCAGGAAAUUACCUGGUUUUUGAGGCCAUGGAGGGCUGCAGAGGGAGGCAGAAGAAAGAAAGCCCCAGUCCCUUUGAUGGUUGGAUACCAAAGGAUAUUAUUGACUUAUGGCCCUUGGCUGUACCAGCUUUCCUUACAUGGUCAGGAAACUGGAGCUAAGGGCAACUGAUAAAUUCUCAGAAUGUUAGUCUGAAAUGAUUAUCAUAAUGUGUGGUUAGUAGAUAUGUCUCAAAGGAAAAAGAGCUGCUGUACAGUUCGAUUUUGCAAAACAUCCUUGAAACCAUGAAAAGCCUAAUUGUGCUCCUUUAUAAGUGACAUUGCACUGCCAAUGGUGGGAGCAAGUCCUGGACCUAGUCUCCUUUUUGCAGCUCUCUCUGUGGAUCAUUUGGACAAAAGAAGAAAAGUGGCCAGAGGCAGGAACUCUGACUUGAAAUAAUAGGAAGAAUUUUCUCUUAACUGCAAAUUAUAUCUUCCAACUCACUAAUUACUCAAGCACUAAUGAUUUUCCUUUUUCUAGAUUAACUAUACCUGAGCACUGAUAAUCAUCAUGGGUGGCUGUUACAGUCAUAGGAGGACAGAUUUAAACCGUGUUAUUGCCACAGUAUCAGGUUGACUUAAUUUCACAGCAGAUGUUUAGCUUCCUUGGUGUUCUGCCCACCAGGAUCCCUGUGCUAUAAGUUCAGUAGCCAACCUGUGUAUCUGCAGGAAACAUGUUGGAUUUUUUUCCUUUGGGAAGCAUACUUAAUUCCUCUCCCUAACUCCACCCACAUAAUAUGAGAGAACUUGAUUCAAACACUAACCUAUUUGUCUAUCGGCUUCUUCCACCAAGCCUUGGUCCUUAACAAUGCAAGUGGCCUGUGUCUUAAGAAGUAAAAUUAAAUAAAAGGUAUUAGAGAGUUGCAGCUGGUGUGCUCUGCACAACUUGGCUUUUCUGAUGCAUUUCAACUUGAGUGCAAACACUGUAAAUUAUGCACAUAAAGCAUGAAUACACAUUUUCUAAUUUCCGCUUCCUGUUUCAUUUUCUCAUUGGGGCAGGCUAUCAUUUAAAUUGGGAUAUAGAAGCUCUGUCCUGCUCCUCCUGUACUUUCAACACUAGAAGUCCUUAGUUCACUGCCUCAUCAAGGAUUGCCUUUAAACACUUACAAGCCUACUUUUGCACAAUAAGCACAAGAAACUUGACUUUUUUUUUCUUUUUUCUUUUGCUAAAUGAAACUGAAUAUUUUUGGCCCUGAUUUUACAAUCCCAGAUUUUACAAUUAUAGCAUAGACACAACCAAUAUCAGCUAGUGGCUUCCAAUUUAGUGGGAGUGGUGAAUCAGCUUAGGGCUUUAGUCUCAACUUUAAAUAAGUUAUCCAGCAUGCUGAACUCUAUCACCAGAUAGCUUUAACACCUUGGAUAGCUUCUUUAAAAUUCAGAGGUAAACCUGUUGUGGCUUUACUGUUCCACCGAGACACAGCUACCACUCUGCAGAGUCCUGAUAAUAAAAAUAAAAUCCAUUGGGGGUGCUUGGUCAAGAAAAGAAACACACCAGGGAUCCAUUCUGAAGCAUUUCAGAUCAAGAAGUACAGACAGGUGUAUUUCUCAGUUCCUAGUUAAAAAAAAAAAAACCCUUGUAACUGAAUUGAAGGCAUAUUCCCCCAUGACGCAUUUGGAAACACAAUCCAUCAAGCCUAGGUUUCUCUUGAAUAUGAUGUAGAUAUCAUAUUUCCUGUUCUUAAGUUACUAAAUUUACCAGUCUUUCUCAUAACGGCCUGCCAUCAUCCUUUCUCUUUGGUUUCUUUUUUCUCUCACCAAUUCAUUUUUGCUUUCUUCGUAACAGAACCUCUAUAUUUUUCAAAUGCUCAUAUCACCUCCACAGAAUACUUGCAAAUCUAUCAGAGGAAGGCAAGUGUCAGGCGGUACAAUGGAAAUUUAGCCUUUAGAUGUGGUUUUGUUUAUUUAUUGCUACACAAAAUCGUGAGCCACAAGACUUACAGGCCUUAAAGUAUGGUGCAUCUACAGGGGAGAUGCACUGGGGUUAUCUGAUGUGUAGUCAGGCACAAUAGUAUCAUCAUUACACUGCAUUGACUAAAUGACCCACAAAUAGCCCAAAUGCCAAAAAAAUAUAAGAGAGUCGUGAAGACAGCUGCCCAGGUACGUAGUGUACCAAGCAAUUUUCACAUUUGCCAAAAACAUGCAAAAUAUGUUAGUGCCAUGAACAUCUUCCUUACUGCUUUUAGAUAGUUAGGUAGAUAAAGCAAUAUUAACUCCAAUGCCUAUAAAGCCUUUAGGGAAAGCAUAUGAGGAAAAAUAAAUAAAGCACAAAGUAAUGCACUUACCAUAUUUUUGGACAUAAAAUGCACUGGUGAAAAAAUGGAAACUGAUGGUAUAAAAGGCCUCUGUAUCUUGAAAUGGCUACAUGAAUUACUGCCUCUUGUUCUGGAUGCUUAGUACCAUUCUGUUAUUGAUCUUUUCACCUGCUGUUGGCCACAGCAAUAAGUUGUGUAUGAUCCAUCGCACUGUAAAUUAUGGAUCAAUAUUAAUGUAAACCAAUUAAAUAAUUUGACCUGUUCCUAA